GCAACUCUCAUUUUAGCUUCUAACCACUCCGACCAUGCCUCAGAACGAGUACAUCGAGGAGCACAUCAAAAGGCAUGGUAGGCGGUUAGACUACUACGAGCGAAAGCGCAAGCGUGAGGCUCGUGCUGUCCACCGUGCAUCUGCAACAGCGCAAAAGGCCUUCGGUCUGAAGGCCAAGCUGCUGCAUGCAAAGCGUCAUGCCGAAAAAGUGCAGCUCAAGAAGACACUCAAGGCUCACGACGAACGCAAUGUCAAGCAGAAGGAUCCGUCUUCUGUACCGGACGGCGCAUUGCCUACGUAUCUGCUCGACCGAGAAGGUCAGAAGGAUGCAAAAGCGUUGUCAACCGCUAUCAAGGAGAAGCGGAAAGACAAGGCCGCAAAAUAUGCCGUUCCAUUGCCCAAAGUGCGCGGGAUCGCGGAGGAUGAGAUGUUCAAGGUUAUGCGGACAGGGAAGAGCAAGAAGAAGGCGUGGAAGCGGAUGGUGACGAAGGCGACGUUCGUCGGAGAGGGGUUCACGCGGAAGCCGGUGAAGAUGGAGAGAUUCAUCCGACCAAUGGCGCUGCGGUACAAGAAGGCCAAUGUCACACAUCCUGAUCUCAAGGCGACGUUCCAGUUGCAGAUACUUGGCGUCAAGAAGAACCCGCAGUCACCAAUGUACACCCAGUUAGGCGUACUCACCAAGGGUACAGUCAUUGAAGUCAACGUCUCGGAGUUGGGCAUGGUCACUGCUGGAGGCAAGGUGGUCUUCGGGAAAUAUGCCCAGGUCACAAAUAACCCUGAGAACGAUGGCUGUAUCAAUGCUGUCCUUCUUGUUUGAUGUCUCUAUGCCCCACUGGUAUACUCGUCGCUGUAUUCUAUCCCGCUUCACGUAUUUCCUGCAUUAGUUGUCCCUCGCACGCCUCAGCAUCUUCACCGUAUGUAGCUACCAUGUCGUCUAUACUAUGCUCGCUCGUCUGCGUCCUUUGCGUAUCCGAUGGGUUCUCUGGAGUUCAUAUAGCAUGACUGACAUCAAGAGGACUGAUGUGACCGUGUACUCUUGACCCGUGAUAGAUGCGCGAGGUUCAAGCUGAUGCUUGUCCGCAG